UAAUAUUUAGGCCCACUAAGCUUUUGUUUGGGACGACUUUUUUAUUGUUUCUUAAUACAGUUUUUUUGUAAAAAAAUUUUGAUUUGUAUAUUAAAAGUUGUUUUAAGAAGCAAGAAGAUAGCCAUCCCAAACUAAUCCUAACACAAAUUCAUACGCACAUUAUAUAUGCAAGAUUUAAACUCAAAAUCUCUUCAUUUGUAAUAAAAAAUCUCAAAAGAUAGAUUAAGGUGCGAGGCUGGCUUCAUAAUUUUGUCCAUCUAUUUUGAGCAAAUUGAGACCUGACAUGUGGCUUCUAAAUAUCCCAUGCCGUAAGGUGAUGAUAGGAUUCAUUUUUCCCCCUUCUAAGCAUAAUUCGUCGUGCAAUUGCUGAGACAAUUCAUGCCAAGGACAGUAGCUGAGAGCAAUUGCGAGAAUAGGAAAUUUGGCGACAUAUCCUGAUGUUUUAUAUGGAAACAUUUGCUCUUUGUGAUGAUGAUAAGCCGCAAGUAUUUCUCACAAUGCGUGCGAUCAGUGGAUGCCGUCUAAAAAUUAAUCAAGAAGCGCCACAUCACCAAUACGUUGUUCAUCAUUACUGUGUAUCGUUGUGUAUCAGGUAACGUGACAGGUUCUGAUUGGCCUCCGGAUGAUCCUGACCGCCGUAACAAUCUCUCAUUGCUUUGACCCCAUUAGUGCAUUACAUGCAUAUCAUUGUUGUCCUCAUUAUUAGAACAUAUAUUAAUGCUAAAUUAAAUAUAUUUUUUAAUUAUUUCAUGAUCAAUGAAGCAAUAUUGGAAAAUCAAAAUGGGAUUUACAUGCAUAACAUUAAAUACUUAACAUUAUAUAUAUAAGUUUUAACCUUUACUUUUAUAAUUCUAUAAUGCCUAAAUUAUAUCAGAAUAUAUGCAUGAAAACAUCUAUUUUAGAUUCAGUACGUUAAUAUUAAUUAUAUUUUUAUAUGAUUUAGAGAUUAUGAUCUUAUAUAAAUUAAUAAAUACUUAUAAUCGAACAAUCCUUCAAGCAACUUUAUACACUGUAGUUUUGAAAACUAAGAAUAAUUUAUCUAAAUAUUCUUAUAUAAUUUAUAUCAAAAUCGACUAAAAAUUAUUAUAUUUAAUUUAAAAUUAGGGUAUUACAAAGUCCUUUUUUAUAAUACUAAAAUUAAAAAAAUUAAUAAUUUUAAAGCUCAUAUAAUAUGUAUCAUCAUAUGUGACAAAUUUUUAUUCUUUAAAAACAUGGAAAGUCGAAUAUUCCGCAAAAUCAGCGAAUAUUCAUUCAUUAUUCUGAUAAUUUAAAAAACCAUUUUCAAAGUUAACAACACUUCGAAAAAAUGGUAAUUAGCGGGAGAUUAUUAGCGAUAAUGGUAUAUAUAAAUCUCCCGCUGCGCUGCGCUGCGAAGCAUCUCUGCAAGCAAGAACCAAAUUCCCAACGCCUUUCUCCUAACUUGUUUCCUCUAGCACAAGAAUCCUCAACAUGACUGCUUCCGCCGGUGAUGCCGGCUGGGUUCACGAUGCCGAUUGGGGCCUUACCUCCGCUGCCGCCGAUGCCGAUGUCCUCACCGUUGACGGAGACUGGGUCCUCACCGACGGCCCUUGUUCUCCUCGGCGAUACCGUCUCACCGGCUUCUUCCUCGUUAGCAGCGGUCCCCACAUCUACGUUCCAUUACUCCAGUCAUCCGAUGCAUCCCGCGCUGGCGAUCUUAUCUCCUCCGUUCCUAUCUCCGCUUCCAUCUGCGCCUCAACGCAAGGUAUCGUCCUAGCCCGCGCCCCCUGGUCUUCAUAUUACAUUUCGACACCAAUCUCUCCCAAAUGGACACGAAUACCUCAUCCCAUGUACUCCCAUCCGAUCACCAUUCCGGUUGCAAUCGUCGCCUCCGGCGACGAUGGCCACGGAGAUGGGUUUCUCAUCAUCUGCGCCGUUCCGUUGGCAGAUGGCCCCCAAGGGUUUUAUCGCUUCGAUAUCUACGAAUCCUCCACUGGAAAAUGGAGGACCGGUCCCGAUCGCUUCCCCACGGGGGAGAUCCUUCCAUCCUCCGGCGUGUCCUGCGGUAGUGCAGUCUAUUUCCGAACGGAAACGCCGUCUGUAGUUUCUUACGAUGAUGCAGCCGGUGUCGCUAGGGUUUUGCCUCCGCCACCGAGGUGUUGGGGUUCAGAGCUACAAUGGGAGCUCGCGGAGGCAAAUGGCCGGCUCUGGUGUGUGUGCGUGAGGGGGAGGGUAGUCGAGGUGUACCAACUGGGGGAGAGAGAUCAGUGGACCAUGGUAGGGCAGUCGGACGCGAUUGAUUGCAGUGACCCGCCGCGGCCGCUGCGAGCGCAAAGUGCCGGUCUUGGGGUUGUGCUCUGGACGAAUGGGAGGCUAGGUCGGUGGGAUUUGGAGCACGGAAGAGCGAUCCAGUUAUGGUUCGGCGAGGCUGCGCCGCCGCCGGGAAGCUGUGCUCAGUACGUGCCGUACUGUGCUGAGCUGGAGCUCCGUCGAUGAUGCCGUUUGCAAAAGGUUGGUGUGAAUAUGCUGUCGGUAGUGGAUGCAGGGGAUUGAUGUGAACAGUUAGUGGGAUUCGAUUCAUUCAGUAAUAGGAUUCAAGCGGUUUAGAGUAAAUGCUCUGAUCUAUCAUCGUCAUUUUAAAGAGAAAGAAAAGAAAAAAAAAAAAAAAAAAUUUGCAUAGCUUCUUUUAAUAACUGGUUCAUUGAUCAUGAAGUUUAUAUCUGGUUACGAUUU